AUGAAACCUGAUAAUCUGGAUAGGUCUUUUUCCAAAGUGGUAAGAGGAGAUUACCCUAAGUCUGUUGAUAGGGCCAAGGGAGGAGUUCAAUGCAUAAAACUUGAGUUGGAUGAUGAAUGGUCAAGGAGGUUGAAUCGUAUGAGAGUGGGUGAAGUCAUGGAGGAUGGUAAUGCUUUCAACAUUCAGAAGUUAAUUUUUGAAGAAGGUUAUUUUAACAUUAAGGCUACUCCCUUGGGAGCAUCUCUGUGCUUGUUGGAAGAUACAUCAAGAGGAGACUUAGAAGUGUUUGUCAAGGAAGCUAGAGAAUGGAUAGAUAUUUGGUCCAGAGACAUCCGCAAGUGGCAUAUGGAGGAAAUUGACAGAGUCCGAAUAGUGUGGGUAAAUUGCUAUGGUCUACCUUGUGUCGCCUGGAGUGAGAAAAAUUUCAGGCAGAUUUCUUCUAGUCUGGGAUCGUUUGUUAAGUGUGAUGAGAAGACGAGGAACAAAGAGAAAUUGGACAUAGCGAGAUUUCUUAUUAAAACAAGACUCAGGAAUAUUCUAAAUAACUUGAUUGACAUUGAAGUGAAUAAUCACAGCUUUUCACUAUCAUUCAUAGAAGACCUUUCAUGUGGGCGUGGAGAUCCUUUGUUUGGUGAAGAAGAUGAGGUGAUAGAUUCAGAUAAAUUUGACUCCUCAAACCCUUUAGAAUUAGAUGGCGCGUGGGAGAUACCUGAAGAAGAAGAAGAAAGUGACGAUCUCAAAUCCUUGUACUCUGAGACAGAAGCCAGGGCACCUAAUACUGUUGUCCAAAAGGAAGAUGGUGAUUUUUCUGUGUCAGACAAUGUAUCAGUUGUUGGGGAUAACUUAGGGUUAAGUGUGGAAGGUGAUGGGUCAAGAGGGAAUAAUCAUAAGGGUUCAGCCGCUCUGAUUAGUUCAAAAGGAACUAAACUAGAUAACUCUCUGGCUGACCUAGAACUUAAUCAGUCCAAAGUAGAUUUUGAGGUACCCAGUCUUAAUAGGGAAUUGGUGGUAGAUCUGGGCCUACCUCUUCCAAUUAGUGGGUCUUCUGGAGGAGUUAUUGGGCCUGCUGUUAGAGGUAAAGCUAAAAAGAAAAAACAUCUUCAUGAGGUUUAUAACUGCAUUAAAAUACCCUACACCCCCUCUUAUUUUUCCACUCUGCUUCUCACGUCCCCCAAGGAAAACCUUAGACCUGAGUCGAAAGGAAAAGCUAGGGAGGAAAGUAAGAAGAAUAAGUUGUCUAAAGAAUUUUCAGAGUCUAGUUCAGUUAUAUUGUGCCGCGAAUCGAUAACGACACUAAUAUGGAGAGAGGUUCUGGGAGUUCAGGGCGAAGAUGAAGAGGUUAUUGGGCGAACUCUAAGGAAUUUGAAUAACACAGAUAAGGAUGCUGGUCUAGGCAAGAAGGAUGUAGCUAUAAUUGAUCCAUGA